CGUCGUCUAUCGGCAUAUACUUUUCCUAUGCCAAAUCAGUUGGCAUGUAGGCUUGGGAGAAUGGCGAUUCUCGGUAUGGAAAGAUUUCUACGGUCCUUGCAUAUGCAUAGUUGCACAGCCUUCUAGCGGAUCCGGGAUAUUGUGAAAAAUGUCUCUAUUCCGUCAUUCAGGGGCUGUGCUCCACUAAGCCUCGCCCUCACUCAGCUCAGCCAUGACAACAAAUAGAAGUCAAAACAGCGUCGCACGGUAGAGUUAGGCGAAUAUUUAUAUAAUCUUAAAGUCCUCGGUUUUCUCAGUAGCCGCUUGAAGAUAGGCAUAGAGAGAUACCCGAUGACACAUCAGCAGUUUAACUGAUGGCCAUGUGCUAUCAACUCGUGGAAAUUUACAGCGCUUGCCGUUGUUUGUAUUACAAGCAUUCAGUGGACAAAUGCACCGCAUAUGGCCAGCCCGGACAUCAGGUAACAACACGAACCCUUUCAGUUGGCGUUGCCUGCCAGAAUCACGCAGGACAAGCAUACGUCAACCCAGAAAUUCCUAUCUAUGUUGAUAGCGGUUAUAAAACAGCCAUUGGGAAGGGCGCUCAUGCCCGCAGGCCACGAGGCGCUGCCGCGCCCACCAUUUUGAAAAAACCUAUCGGUAGUGAAGUGGGCAGCAAACAUAUCAACAAAGAUGACUCUAGCGACGAAGCCUCUUCCGUAGAAGCUUUCCUAUUUGAUGACACGGAUACUUUUAGCGCAACUUCCGCCACUACGGUCGAAUCGUCAACAGCUCUCGAGCAUCUUACUGACGGCCUUUUACACGAUGGAUAUCUGCAAGAUUUAUGGCCCCAGGUGGUUCUCAGAUCAGCGUCUCCGGCGGAGGCGAAGGAGCAGAUAUCCCUUUUAAUUCUACGAUAUAGCUUAGAUCUUCUCCAUCUGGCUCGUAACAAGCACGCUAAUGGAGAUUCGGUGGACUCCGAGAUCCGAGUAAGCAAGUUCGUGAAGCAAAAGCGCCGACACCUAGCAGAAGAGAUAUAUAAGCAAUUCUGGCUUCCAUUGUCUGCGGUAGGGCAGUCGACUGGAGAGAACAACGCCCCCGAGAAAGAGCCACGCGAUGAAUCCGAUUCAGAUGACGACCAACCACCAGACGUGGACCGGUUCAUUGCAAUAAAGGGAUUCCUGUUUGAGGCAGAACCAUUUUACUGUUUCAGGGAGAAUGUCCGAUUUUUUGUUGAGCGCAAUUACUCUGAUCCAUUGCGAGUUACACGGAUCGAUUCCAUACGGAUGCUAUUCAAAAAUUUAGUUACUUCUAUCAGUAGAAAAAGCCAACAUAAAAAGACGAAGCGACUCUUUUGGACAUGCAAUUGUGGUCUUAAGCUUUACGAUGACUAUACCGAGUAUCAACCCGGUGCCCUAGAUGAUCUUGAAAAAUUAUUAUCCAAAUAUGGAAUGCAAUCAAGAGAACAGGGAGAUAUUAAGUCAAACAAUUCAAACCCAGGCAACGGCUCAAACAAUGACAUCUCGCCUCCGCUUGAUAAACGUUCAAUUGCUCUUGACACAAGGCUUCCUCGAUAUUGGCUAAGGAAAGACUACUGGGAACCUGGAAAGUGUCGUCAAAAAUCUGGAACGAAUCUCGAGCAGAAGCACAACUACUUGCUAGCUUGCCUUCCAUUUGGACGCUGGGUCUCCAAGCUUUAUCAACAAGAAAUCUGUACAAUACUUUCAGAUCAGGAUUUCUUCUCUCUGUUACGGAUGUUGUAUCAUACUAAGCGGCGCCGGCUUCCCCUCUUGUGGCUACGAAAAGUGAAUGGCAUUCAUUUCAUUCAGUUUGACGUCCAUCGUACGGAAAUAGCCUCCGUACGAUCCAAACCCGCGCUGCCUCCUGAAGAUUUAAAGGACCAAUACCAAUACGACCCCAUGCCAGCACAGCUAGUUCCGCCAAUUGGACCGAACAUGCUCGUCCAUUUCUUCGAGAAUCCAACUCAUGCCAGCGUUCUUCCAGAUUUGUACAAGAGGAUACCGAAGAAAUUACGAACGAAGCUAACUCCAUGCCAAAUAACGGGAAUGUCGGUAGGAUGGGGCAUUCAAUUCGCCGAAGGAAUAGAUAACUUCGUGUUUUUUAUAUGUGGAUGUGUAAGCUUCCUUGUCUGCUUGAUCGUUGCAGUGAGUUGGACGGUUGCCAAGCAAGAUGUUCAAGGUGGUUUUGGAAUAGGGGGUUUUCUCUUAGCUUUCAUGAUAUUCUGUGGAAGCAUAGUUAACAAUGCGCUAGAGAAUUAAAUACCAGCAUCGAAGGGCGAUCCAUUCACCAAUGCCGCUUUAUUUACACAUAAUUUCUAUCGAUAACUCUUU